CAUUUUCAUUUCCAACACAGAAAAGUUUGGUGGUGCGCGAAUCUCGACGCUUUCAGUCGGCAAUUCUUGUUUUCUUGUGUUGAUUAUUUAUUUUGAUUAAAUUUUCGAUACAAACGUAACAAUAAUUUUGUGAAAAAAGAAAGACAUUCAAAUUAUGAAAUAAGAAAACUUAACUCUAACCGUUUGACUGUCAAUGAACUUUCGUUUCAUUUAAUUUCUUCUAAUUGGACAAUUUACACGAAGUAAGAAAAAAAGAAAUAAACAAAACAUUUGUUGUAAUGAAGUGAAAUUUGUGUGUUUUUGCCACAACUUGUUAUUGUUGUUGUUGGUUUUUGGGGUGGCAGCAAGAGUGUGAGUGACUGGGAGUGUGUGUGUGUGCGAAGUUUGUUGGUGCUUGCCAAAAUUGAAGUCUGUUGAAUUUUUUCGUUGGUGUGUAAAAAUAGUUCCCAGAUUAAGUGUUGGAUUAAACCGUAAAACCACAAUUCAUUAAAGAAAAACAUCUGCCAAAAUUACCAGAAAAAAGUGAAAAUUACAAUUUGUUGUCGAAUGGCUUAAUAAGACAAAAAUAAAUAACCAUUUGCUCUGCGUCAACGUUAAAGCUUGACAAAAACUAAGGAGGAAGAAGAGGAGGUCUGGAAUCCAAUGUGAAGGAUGAUAAAAGUCUGGAUAUAAUGGGACAGUAUAAACCUGAAAUCUUCUGUUAAGAAAGCAGUCAGAUUAAGUGUAAAGAAGAAUAUUAAGAAUUACACACACUCACACAACAGCAACAAACAAAAAUUGAUACAAAACUUUAUGCUAAUCAUAAUUCAAACAGUCAACAUCAACAGCUCCUUGUGUCUUGUUUGUUUUUGAAAUACCCAUUUUUUUAAUGAACAAAUUUUUUGCAAAACAAAACUGCCGCACCGGAGAGAACAAAUCAACGAACAAAUUAAAGGAUAAUUAAAACCCCAAUUGGAAUUGUGUCAUCUAAGAGUAAUUGAUUUUUGAAUUACCUUAACGUUUGAUUUGAAUUGCAAUCAAAAUCCCCCGUUGCAGUUACAACCACCACAAGAACAAUCAACAACAAGAACAAAACAACUAAAGCAUUAUUACAACAACAAAAAAGUAUCUCAUACAUCACUUUAAAAAUUUAAGGAUUUUUUUCAUACAUAUACAACUACAUAUAUACAAAUGUACCAAUACAUUUAAACGUUUUGGUUUGCCGCAGGAGGAGCAGAAGGAGCGAGAACAAAAAUUCAACCUUAAUUUUUUAAGUUCAACAAAAAUACAUUUUUAUUGUGUUUUGUUAAAAAUACAUCAACAAGAAAAUCAAUUAUACAUAAAUCUCAUUUAGAAUUUUAUGCAAAACAAAUAUUUGUUUGUAUGUCUUAAGAAUCUCUUCAUUGUAUUGUUUGUCAAAUUUCAACAACAACAAAAUAUCGCUUAUAUGUCAAUUUGAGGAAAACACCACUUUGCCAUUAUCGUCAACACAUCAACGCAAAAAAUUAGUAACCACAAAAGAUUCUCCUCAUCAACCCAAUGUCCAUGUAUAAUUCAAUAAUUGACGGAUUUUUACAAAAGUAACACAGAUGGCCCAUGUGGUUGGCGUCCCCAGGCGCGAUCCCUGUCGUAAGUGUCAGCUACCCGUGUUUUUGGCCGAACGUUUGUUAGUAGGCAAAAAAGUCUAUCAUCGGACAUGUCUGAAAUGUGCUCGCUGUGGUUCCCAACUGACACCGGGAAGUUUCUAUGAAACGGAGGUUGAUGAACAAUAUGUUUGUGAAACAUGUCCCGAUGAAGAAAUCACCACUGGUGGUGGUGAUUUUGUCACUGCCAAUAGUAGUGCUGCAGAGAAUGUUAGUACAACAGCUACUGCAGAAGCCGAAACAUCGCCAGUACAAAUGCGGCGGGAUCAUCAUUUAGAAGGUGAAUCAGGUUUUGCCACUGCUAGCAGCAGCAGCACCAGAACGGUACGCAGUUCCAUACGUGAUCGUUUGGCAUUCUUUGAAAAACAACAACAACAUUCAGAUCCACUGGAUAGAGAUUGUAAACUAUUGCAAAAAAGUCUCAGCGACGAAGAAAAAUCAAAAUCAUUGCAAAGAAUGGAAAAGCCUUCUGGAAUGACACCCUCAACAUCGGGAGGCUAUAAGAUGAAUUCUGCCUUGUCGAACUUUCUCAAUGAUACCGUUGACUAUGAGCCUGAUAAUGAAACAGAAACUGAUCCCGAUCGUGAUGAAGAUGAAAGUGAAUCGCUGUCAUCUUCCAUACAAAAUUCCAAAAUGGAAACAUCCGAUUCGGAGGAAACAGAUGACUUGACAUCGGUAUCAUUGCCACCGGAAUUACCAAAAUCCCUACCACCACCAUUUAUGGUAGCGGAGCAGCAGCCACAGCAGCAGGAAGAGAAAAAUAAAGAAGAAACCAAUAAACGUUAUACAGCUUCAGCUCAAUUGAUAUUGGGUUCAGAUGCAACAACCUCAACCACUCGGGAACUACAUGCCGAUCAAGAAGAGAAUAUUAUAAGGACCUCGACACCAAUCCAAGCGACAACUGAAUUGGAAAUUAGUGUUACAUCUACCAAGAAAACUACUGACAAAACCAACAACAACGAUGUUGAACAGAAACCCUCGUCCCCCAAGGACCCCGAAACGAUAAUGGCACCCAAAUUAGCCGAUACAAAGAAGACAAUACAGCAAAUAGAAUUAGAAAAUAAUUUAGCUUGUAAAGAAACUAAUGAUAAUGAUUGUGUUACCAAAGACAAAGCAACAGUUGAUGCUUCCAUCGUGGCUAUGGAAACGACAACCGAAGCUGCACAGCAGUUCGAAAGCACAACAGAACCAGCUACAGUAACAACGGAGAAGAUUCCAAUUGAAGUGACCUCCUCCAGUAUCAGUCCUAAGUCAAGAGAGUCUUCGGUGGAGAAAGAACUUGAAACCAGUGAAAAUCAUGAAAAUGUGGAAUUACGCACAAAAUCUCCAACUGAAGAUAGUAUGGAGUCUAGCAUACCAAUGACUGUAGAGGAUAAGGAGACCACACAAAGACUUAGUGUAGUACGUGCUCGUCUGCAACAAUUUGAAGUAAUUACAAAUAAUGAAAAAGAUAAUGAAUCUACUAAAAUUGCAACAACAACAACAACUAAUACAAAAGAACAUCCGGAAGAAAAACAAUUGAACAAAACCCAAACUGUAACUUCAACAUCACCGACCCUAGAAAAUGAGUCCCAAAGCCGCUCUGAACAAGAAAUUGAAAUAGUUAUACCAACACCAGCUCCACGUGAAGAAACUUUGAAAAUGGACACUGAAACUGUUGCAGAAGUUUCAGAAAAAGUCCAGGCAAGCAGCCAAGAAGAACAAAAAGAACUCUUAACUGAAAAAGAAGAAGAAAUCUUAACUAAGAAAGAAGACGAAGUGCCUUUAAAGAUGGAAACAAAAGACAAUGAAAUUUUAGAAGAUAAGAUAAAGUCAAUUGAAGAACAAGAAGAACAACAACCUACAGAAGAAAAACAAGGAGAUAAUUCGACUCAAUUAAAAGAAACACCAAAAGAAGAAGAACAUCCUACAGUACCAUCUAAAGAUAGUUCCACUCCCCAUCAAACUCCAAGUAAAAUUCCCCUUGAAGAAUAUCCCGAGGAUCUAAAUCCCUUCAAAUCCGACGAUGAAGAUGACAACGAACACCAAGCAGGGGAAGAAAAUAAAGAAAAUGUAGAGCUAAGAAAACCAUCAACUCAAAAAGUCAAUUUGAAUCCUUUCGAUUCUUCGGAUGAUGAAAUUGAAUUGGAAAAAUCGCAAAAUACUUCAACAUCAACACCCAAAAUACCACCACCCAGGCCACCACCACCACGUAUUUCGAAAAAUCCCUUUGGCAGUGAAGAUGAAGACGAUGAGGAGAAUGCACCCGCCCAAUUGCGGCGGUCUUCAUUGACAGCGUCGCAAAUCCGGCGAACCCCAGUGCCCACACCCAGAUCCAAUGUAUCGCAAUCCCUAAAUCCCACACCAGAAGCAACACCACGUCUCAGCACAAAGGCCAAUCUGGUGAACAGCAGCAACAACAGUCAUCUUCAGCACAACGCCGCCAACACGGCAGCAACAGCAGCAACAUCACACAACAAUUCUUCAUUUGUUUUACAAAAUUCCAGCGAUUUUUAUGGCAGUAACAACUCAUUGCACAGCCAUCAUAAUCUGUCAUCCGGAGCAACACCCAACAAUAAUCUCUUGCGUAAUUCCGAUAUCAGAUCAUCCAACAACUCACUCAAUCUCUCAGCUGGAGGUACAAUAAGAUCAAGGAAAACUCGCCGAGCUCCAUUGCCACCAGCCCCGGUCAAGGAACUGUUUCCCUCCUCGGAGACCAUCAACACCAGCUCCAAGGCAUCCACACCAAGUUCCAGCACCGUGGGUACCCCCAAAUCUGGGCGCAAGAAGAGACCCGCACCGGCUCCACCAAAGCCAGCCCGGCUGGAACCCAACAGCGUACCACAAAUUCAAAUUGACACCAUUACUACGCAGCCAAAAAACUUGCAUAGUUACCCUCUGCAGAGUGAAUUGGACUCGAAAUUAUCCGACGAAGAGAAAGCUUUGUUGGAGGGUAAGACUAUACAGUCACAGCUGAAUCAUAAUCCCACAGAUCUUUCGCCAGCCACCACCAGGCGUAGUUCGAAACGUUUAAUACCGCUCGAUCAGGAUCUAUUGGAGGAGCAUGCUACGAAUGAAAGUCAAUGUGACGACCUAAAACAUCAACAACAAAACCAGAAAUCCUAUCUCCACGAUCAAUCCGAACCCAAUGUGGUAUAUAGACGUCUCCUCAUACCUCACAAUUUGGAUACCCUCACCCACGAAUCAAAUCCCCUUUUGGAUGAACUAAACAACUCCAACAGCAUCAUGACGGGUGAAAGACAAUUGGAAAAACUUAAAGACAACAAGGAAGCCAAUAAUCGCAAUCGACAAUCUCAAAUAUCGGCCGCCUCAUCAGGGGCCGAAGACAAUGAUCCGCUGUUCAAUAAAUCCGUCCAUGGUAAAUGGAAGAGGCGUAAGGGUCCAGCCCCUGCUUUGCCCAUACCACCCCGACGUGUAUUGCAAAUGUUGCCACUGCAGGAAAUUAAACAUGAAUUGGAUAUCAUUGAAGUCCAGCAGCAGGGUCUCGAGAAACAGGGUGUUAUUCUCGAGAAGAUGAUACGUGAUCGCUGCGAAGGUGAGAAUGGUGAGCUGUUGAAUGCAGCCGGUGAAAUUGCCACCACAGAUGGUGAGAAUUCCAAAGAAGUUGAAGGUCUAAUUCUACAACUGUUCGAAUUGGUCAAUGAGAAGAACGAAUUGUUCCGAAGACAAGCUGAACUGAUGUAUUUGAGACGACAACAUCGUCUGGAACAGGAGCAAGCAGAUUUAGAAUAUGAAAUACGUGUACUUAUGGCCCAACCGGAAUGCAAUAAAACCGAUUCGGAUAAAGCCCGUGAAGAGGCGUUCAUAGAACGUCUGCUUGAGGUGGUGAAAUUGCGCAAUGAAGUGGUGGAAUGCCUCGAAAUGGAUCGUCUAAGAGAAGCCGAAGAAGAUCAGAGUAUUAAACAACGUUUGGAAUCACAUAUUGCAAGCAAACGGGAUGAUGAACCGGAAAAACAGAAAUCCUCAUCCACAACGAAGCUAUCGAAGAAGGAAAAGAAAAAGCAAAAGGAAUCCAAAAAGUUGGCAAAGAAUAAAAAAUUAGAUGCUGAUAAGGACGCCGAUGAAUCCGAAUUGAGUUUGGACAAACAAAAAACCAAAAAGAAGAAGAAGCUCUUAAUCUUCUAAGAAUCCUAAAUCACCUGUUUGAAUGAAGUUGCACUCACAAACUAAGUCGUUUCCUUUUGUUUUUUAUUUAGAAAUCUAUGUGUGAUACCAAUACAUUAUCCAAUGGCCAAUCUUGUUUUUUAUAAUUUUCAAAAAAUUUCGUAAUACCACUUAAGUUAUGUAUCUUCGAAAACGCUGAGUUUCGAAUUGGGAGAAAACCAAGUUUUUUCAUAUAAUUUAUUUAUUUAGAGCAUAUCAAUAUGUAGAGCGGCGUUCAUUUUUUUUUUAAUUACAUAUUUUCAUUUAAAUUACUUUCAAUAUUAUUUUUUAUAAAGAAAAUACUAUUCUAAGUUUCCAGUAAAUAUCCCUCCCACCUUUUUUCUUAAAUUAUUCUAUUUUUUUAGUUUGUUAUUUGAAAUUGAAAAUUUCGUAUAUUUUCCGUAAACCUAUAAACAUUAUAAUAUACGCAAUAUCGUUUAUAAUUUUUAAAAUAUUAUUUUUUUUUUUUUCUAUAAAUACAUAUAUUUACCAUUUACUUUUAAAUCUACUCUAUAAUAAUUGUUAAGCUUUAAUUUAAAAACAUAAAAUCUAUUUCAACAAAAUUCUUAUAUUUUUUCUUCAGAACCACACAAAAUCUCAGUUAAGUGGUUUUCUAUUUAAAAACAAAUAUUGUUAAUGUAAUAAUAUUUCUAUUCUAAUUUUAAGCAUUUAUUUUAAUGUUUGUUUAAAUCAUGUCGCCCAGAACUUUCGAAGAUAUUUAUGUCUAUUUUGUGGGAUCUAUGUAUGUAUCAGAUCACAAUGCAUAUCCUUGGUUACUUUAUUUUUCUU